AUGUUGCCGUGGGGGUGGCUGGCUUUAAGCUGCAAGUUCCCCAGGCUCACGGGCAAACAGGGUGUGUGUGGAGUGGGAGGGGUGGGAGGGGGCACUCGAGAAGAAAAAAGUGCAAGAGGCUCGGCGUCCCGCGCUGCUCGCCAGUCGCUGCCCUCUUUUCUCAGCCCGCGCUCCGCUUUGGCUCCCACCCGCCUCAGCCCCGCGGACGCCGCCAAAGGGGCUGGAGUUGGCUUCGCGUUUGGGGGGGCGGGGCGUGGAACGGACUCCCGGGAGGAGCGUGAGGCUGCUGGUGCUUCCCCAGGCUUCGCGGCGCUAGGAGGACCUGAGGGCGUGGUCAAAGGGCCAGGUGCGCCAGGUGACUGGCAAACGAGCCGGCAAAAGCAGCCUGCGGGACGGGAAUACGUGAAAGUAAGAGCAGACUUGAGUCAGCGCAAAUUGUCCGUGUUUACUAUAACUGACCAGUGUGGAUGGAUUUUACCAGAUAAUCUGAAGCUUUCCUCUUGUAAAACCGCAGCAGUUCUUUACUCAGAGAGGAUAAACAUCUUCACCAAGAUGGGGACCAAAGCAGACUUGAUCCAUAUGCUUCCUGUGUACCAUAACCUUCAGAUGUAAAGGAUGAUGUUAGCUCAGCUCA